AUGUCUCUCAACGGCAACGAAAAAAAACUUAGCAGCAAAGAAAUCAUUGACCUUGAGCACGCCUAUGGUGCUCACAAGGCUGAAGGUCCGUAUGUUUGGGACCCGGAAGGUAACAAAUAUAUGGACUUCUUAUGUGCCUACUCAGCUGUAAAUCAAGGUCAUUGUCAUCCAAAAAUCGUCCAGGCUCUCUGUAACCAAGCUCAAAGACUUACUUUGAGCUCCAGGGCAUAUUACAAUGAUGUAUUCGGAAAAUAUGCCAAAUUUAUUUCCGAGUAUUUUGGCUACGAGAUGGUUCUACCCAUGAAUACUGGUGCCGAGGCGGUUGAAACGGGUAUUAAGUUAGCAAGAAAAUGGGGAUAUCUCAAAAAGGGGAUUCCGAAAGACAAAGCCAUAAUCAUCUCGUGUCGAAACAAUUUCCAUGGUAGGACGAUGGCUGCGAUUUCUAUGUCAACUGAUCCAGAUUCACGUGGAGGCUUUGGACCUUAUGUACCAUCAAUAGGACCGACUUGUCCUAUUACGUCUAAAGGAGUUGAUUACAACUCCAUUGAGGAUUUGAAGAAUGCUUUAGAAGCACACGGUCCACAUGUAGCUGCUUUUUUAGUAGAACCAAUUCAAGGUGAAGCUGGAAUUUUUGUUCCAGAUGAUGGAUACCUGAAAAAAGUACACGAGUUGUGCAAGAAACACAACGUUCUGCUGAUUGCUGAUGAAGUUCAAACAGGUUUAGCGCGCACUGGCAAGAUGCUUUGCCAAGAACAUGAUGGAGUUCGAGCGGACAUCGUUUUACUUGGUAAAGCCCUGUCAGGUGGCGUCUAUCCGGUAUCAGCAGUUCUUGCCGACAAGCAUAUUAUGCUGUGUAUCAAACCCGGAGAACAUGGUUCAACAUAUGGGGGAAAUCCACUAGGAUGUGCUGUUGCUAUUGCAGCACUUGAAGUCAUUAAGGAGGAGAACCUCGUGGAGAGGGCGGCGGUUUUGGGAGAGAAAUUCCGAACAGCUCUCCGCAAUAUCAAUUCUCCCUUAAUUCAACUCGUUCGAGGCAGAGGACUGUUAAAUGCCAUAGUGAUCGAUGAGACAAAGUCCAAUCGGUCGGCAUGGCAAUUGUGUUUGUUACUCAAAUCACGAGGGUUAUUAGCGAAACCUACUCAUGUUAAUAUCAUUAGGCUCGCUCCCACGUUAAAUAUUUCCGAGGAAGAAUUAAUGCGAGGGGUUCAAAUUAUCGAGCAGUCCUUGAAGGACAUUGUCGAUAUGAAAGACGAAGAUAUUCCGGGAUUCCUGGAAGAUCUGAGGCAAACACAACAACUUUAA